CACCUCCAUGCGCUCUGCGUUCAGCCACGGCAGAGCAGGGGGAGAGACGGACCAGACAGCACCAUGACGGCACCCGGCAACACUUACGAUGUGAUCGUGGUCGGCGGAGGAAUAUCGGGUUUGAGUGCAGCGAAGCUGUUGAAAGCCAAUGGACUGAGCCCUGUAGUCCUGGAGGCCAGGGACCGGGUCGGUGGUCGCACCUUCACCGUGCGGAAUAAGGAGACGAAGUGGGUUGACCUGGGCGGAGCUUACAUCGGACCAACUCAGAACCGCAUCCUCCGAUUGGCCAAAGAGUACGGCAUUAAGACCUACAAAGUCAACGAGGAGGAGAGUCUGGUGCAUUAUGUCAAUGGAAAGUCUUACCCGUUCAAAGGCUCCUUCCCUCCCAUGUGGAACCCCAUCGUCUUGUUGGACUUCAACAACCUGUGGAGGACAAUGGACGAGAUGGGCAAGGAGAUUCCCAGAGAGGCUCCCUGGAGAGCUCCCCAUGCUGAGGAGUGGGACAAGAUGACCAUGAAGGAGCUGUUUAAGAAAAUCUGCUGGACCAGAACCGUUCGUCACUUCGCCGAGCUGUUUGUCAACGUGAACGUGACCUCUGAACCCCACGAGGUGUCGGCUCUGUGGUUCCUCUGGUACGUGAAGCAGUGCGGAGGAACCAUGAGGAUCUUCUCCACCAGUAACGGAGGACAGGAGAGGAAGUUUGCAGGCGGCUCCAGUCAGAUCAGCGAGGGCAUGGCCGGGGAGCUGGGAGACCGAGUGAAGCUGGAGUCUCCGGUCUACAGGAUCGACCAGAGCGGAGACAUGGUGGUGGUGGAGACGCUGGACAAGCAGAGCUACACAGCCAAGUACGUGAUCGUGGCCACGCCUCCCGGUCUGAACCUGAAGAUACACUUUAAUCCCGAGCUGCCCCCGCUGAGGAACCAGCUGAUCCACCGCGUCCCCAUGGGCUCUGUCAUCAAGUGCAUGGUCUACUACAAAGAGAACUUCUGGAGGAAAAAGGGUUACUGUGGCACUUUGGUGAUAGAAGAGGAAGGCGCUCCCAUUGGCCUGACACUGGAUGACACAAAGCCUGACGGGACCGUACCCGCCAUUAUGGGAUUCAUCCUUGCCCGCAAGUGCAGAAAGCUGUCGGGGCUGACCAAAGAGGAGAGGUUGAAGAAGAUCUGCGAGAUCUACUCCAGAGUGCUGGGCUCAGAAGAGGCUCUGCAUCCGGUGCACUACGAGGAGAAGAACUGGUGUGAAGAGGAGUACUCUGGGGGCUGCUACACGGCCUACUUCCCCCCAGGAAUCCUUACGCAGUACGGCAAGGUGCUGAGGGAGCCGGUCGGCAGGUUGUACUUCGCAGGCACAGAGACGGCCACAGAAUGGAGUGGCUACAUGGAGGGGGCAGUGCAGGCCGGAGAGAGAGCAGCCAGAGAGGUCCUGUGUGCAAUGAACAUGAUUCACCAGAGUCAGAUCUGGCAGACGGAGCCCGAGUCUUUGGAAGUCCCAGCGUUCCCCUUUGACACCAGCUUCUGGGAGAGAAAUUUGCCUUCAGUCCGGGGUCUCCUUAAUCUCGUGGGAUUCUCCACCUUCCUGUCUGUUGCCGCUGCAGCCGGCCUGGUGGCCUACAGGAAGGGCCUCCUGCCCCGGAGUUAAACGGCCCAAAACCGUCACCUCACUCCUCUGCAUCUCAACGGGGGGCACACCUCCAUAGACACUCCUGUACUUCUAGUGCACUACUUUAUGGCCCAAACUUCUAAGUAGUGAACUAUGUUGAGUAAAGAGUGUUUUAGAAAAACACUGGUCACACGAAACACUAAUGCACCAACGCUCUGUGCACAAAGGAAAGAGAGAGUGAGACAAAGAAACGUGCUGAUUAGGAGUUAAGAGAUGCUAGUGUGAGAGGAGAGAAGAAGACCUAAAUUCAGUUUAAGUCUGCAAUUAAUCUGAGAUUCAGAUUUUGUGAAACCAAUGAAGGAAAACAACAGAAUCAAGUUUAAAAAGGAAAUAUAUAUGACUAUAUAUAUAUAUAUAU